GGCAAAUAUUCAAGUAUAUGUCAUUUGUCAAUAGUAACUGUUGAGACAAGCAUCCUGAAACAGACAACAAAUUGUCUGUUAACAUAAGCUGAUCCAAUUGAUAUCCAAUUGGACAUUGAAGAUUGGUUGUAAGCAAAUCUAAAGUAGAUAGUUCAUAACCUAUCUACUCCAGACGUUGACGUUUGAAUUUCUUGGAGAACGAGACGAGAAAAGAAACUAACGAGGAUAUUACUUUGGGAAUUUAACUGUGCGAAGUUGCUUUCUUCUCUUUUCUUCAUUCACACUGAAUACGUCCGACUUGAGGAUAAACCCAAAUAGUACAUAAUUUAUAAUACAAUUAUGUAUUCACCAUUGUCGCCACAAGCCAGUCUCAGCUCAGAGUUAAGAAAAAUCAUAAAUGAAAGAAAUAUGUUAAGUACACGGAGCAGGAUGAAAGUAUUGCAUGCUUUGAAUGAGGAUAACGAAAAAUGUGCAGAAGUAAGAGAGAAGACUCUAAGAUCACAAGCCAUUCAAGAGAUAUUAACUACUGAAGUUACCUAUUUGCGACAAUUGGAAACUUUAGCAGAGUUCUUUAUACAGCCUAUUAUUGAAAGAAACUUACUGAAUCACCCACUACUUGUCACUCUAUUGGAGAACAUAAAAACAUUGUAUAAUGUGAGUGGAGAGCUGGUAACAGGAUUGAAACAUAAUCCUGACAAUAUAGCUGAAGUAUUUCAUAAACUUGCGCCAUUCUUCAAGUUGUAUUCAGUAUAUGCUUAUGAUUAUAUGCAACUGCUGAAUUUGCUACAGAUGAAUCAGGAGAGUGAUCCUACUUUCAGAAAAUUUAUAUGCGACCAAGAAACAAGACCAGAAGUAGGUAGAAAAUUGCCCUCUUUGUUAAUUACACCGAUUCAGAGAGUACCACGAUAUCAAUUACUUGUUAAAGAAGUAUUACAACAUACUCCUUAUGGUCAUAAAGAGUACAGACCUUUACAAGCGUGCUUGGUCGAAAUUGAGAAGUCUGCAAAGCACAUAAAUAGUUUAGUCGCGCAGAACGAAGAGACGCAAAAACUAUUGAAUCUCCAAAGGUGCAUCAUUACUUCGAUUAAUCUAGUUAAACCUGGCAGAAUACUAAUCAAGCAAGGCCCACUGAUGCGCGUCUCGAGACGAGGCAAUACCGCUUACAAACGGUACUUUGUCCUCUUAAAUGAUACGUUACUAUAUUGUAAAGGCGAGCCGGAAACUUCACUGAACGUGUCUUGCGUUUUGCCGCUAAACAAGUGUAGCUUAACUUGCGUUUUGAGCAAGAAGUUGUUCCGCAUAACAUGCUUACACGAAACAUUCCUGUUAUAUUCGGAACAGGGUGACAGCAACGAAUGGAUACAGUCUAUACAAAGUACAAUCAAAAAGUAUACUGAGUGUAGACAGACUUUGAGAAAGGAAAGUAGUUCAAGGAAGCCACUCAGACAUAAUAAUGUCAAUGAAUUUCCAUCAGAUGAUAUACCAAAAAAGUCUACCAAGAGGAAAAGAUAUAUAGAAGAUAAACAGAUUCCUUUGGAUUCUUCAAAUAUUAUAUACUUUAAAAAGGAUAAUCAGACGGACGAGGAUGAUAUUCAACAAGAAAAUAUGUGUUUACCUUUUUAUAGCAAAACCAAGAAAUUUAAACGAAAUGAAAAUAUUAAUGCCGAUGAUUGUGAAGCCCAGACAAAAAAUAUAAAAUCAAAAUUCUGUAAAAAUAAAUAUAAACAAAGCGUACCUAUAUAUAAACAUUUAGAAAAACCAAGUAAUAGCAGUUAUUCUAACGAGGCUGCAGAGACAACGAAAAAGCAUAGAACAAGUUCGCAAUCAGUCAGGUCGAGUGUUGGACAACAAGCAUCAUCGUCAUUUGGGGCGAUCGCUGGAUUCUUUACGUAUAUUGGAACGUCCAUAAAAGACCUUUUCACAUUCAAAUAAAAUAUCCCUCAGCGCGAUAUGUAAACAAGGGAAGAGAGUAAUUUAUUUAUAUAAUAAUUAUAUGAAACUAUAUA